AUGACGAGCCCUUACUCGCUGCCCUACCUCCUCUUCUUGCCGCCGGGUGCCUGUUUUCCUGUGCUGGACACAGAAGAGCCUGCGGACGCCGUGGGUAGCAUCGGAGGCGAAAUAUGCUGGGCCGACCUGGCAGGGGGACGCCACUUCCCCUGGGGCUCCCCUGGGUGGCCGAGAGCGCCACACCCACACGCCCUGCUCGCCAUGGCCAAGGAGCCACCGACGUUGGGCAGAGCGUGUGCCGGCUUCGCGUUGAGGCUCGGGAGGGAGCAGGACGAUGGUAGUGGGGCCACCGGCUUCCUUCUGGGUGACGGCGAGGAAGCUGGUGGCCUGUUAGGGACCCUGGCAGAGGAGCUCAACGGCUACAGUAGGGAGAAAGGCGGCUUCAGCUUCCGCUUCGGCCAGGGACGGAGGGGCCAUAGCACCCCGGAAAGGGCUCCUCCGCGACCCGCCCCCCGCCCUCCCCCCCGCCGUUUCCAUUCCCAUCUUCUCCUCGAGCCUCAAAGACCAAGACGCUGA